GAUGGCGUUAUGAUCCUUCCCGUGCUGAUGGUGAUGGCGUUCCCCUCCCCAAGCUGGCAAGGUGAUGAACUAAAGCUAAAUACGGUCCACUACGAGUGUGUGUGUGAAGGCAUGUCCUGUGGGAAUGGAGAUCGCUGCCAAGGCCAGCAAUGUUUUGCUUCUCUGAGCAUUAAUGAUGGUGCUAAGGUUUACCAGAAAGGCUGCUUCCAAGUCUACGAACAAGGGAAAAUGACGUGCAAAACGCCUCCGUCUCCUGACCAAGCUGUUGAAUGCUGCCAGGGAUACCUGUGCAACAUGAACAUCACUGCACAGUUGCCUUCUUCUAAAGGACAAACCUUUCAAGGAGAAGCUGCAGGCUACAGCAUGGAAACACUAAUCAUUGUUAUACUGGCUCCUGUGAUAGUGUUGAUAGUUUUCUCUGCAGUAGCUGUGCUCAUCAUCCGGAGAAUACAGAAAAACCAUAUGGAGAGGCUCAAUUCGAGAGAUGCAGAGUAUGGCACGAUUGAGGGACUCAUUGCAUCGAAUGUUGGGGACAGCACGUUGGCAGAUUUAUUAGACCAUUCCUGCACAUCUGGAAGCGGUUCGGGACUUCCUUUCUUGGUGCAAAGAACAGUGGCUCGCCAGAUCACGCUUGUCGAGUGUGUAGGAAAGGGCCGUUAUGGAGAAGUUUGGAGAGGUCAGUGGCAAGGAGAAAAUGUUGCUGUGAAGAUCUUCUCUUCUAGAGAUGAAAAGUCCUGGUUCAGGGAAACGGAGCUGUACAACACUGUAUUGCUGCGGCAUGAAAAUAUUUUAGGUUUUAUUGCGUCUGACAUGACUUCCAGGAACUCCAGCACACAGCUGUGGUUAAUCACCCACUACCACGAGAUGGGGUCUCUGUACGACUACCUGCAGCUCACCACCCUGGACACCGUCAGCUGCCUCCGCAUCGUGCUCUCCAUUGCCAGCGGCCUCGCGCACCUGCACAUCGAGAUCUUCGGGACACAGGGCAAGCCGGCCAUCUCCCACCGGGACCUGAAGAGCAAAAACAUCCUCGUGAAGAAGAAUGGGCAGUGCUGCAUAGCAGAUUUAGGUGAGCUCAGUGUCCUGAGAGCCAUCCUGCGGGAACCUCUGCUG